AUGAGCUCUAAGGUAGCUUGCAUAACAGGGGCGAACAGGGGCAUCGGUUUCGAGAUCGCCAAAAAACUUGCUUCGCAAGGAUUUACAAUAAUUAUGGCUUGCCGCAAUGAAAGUUCCGCCAAUGUGGCAGAACUUGAGUUAAAGAAAUCCUUGGAAGGGGUAAAGGUUGCGCAUGUCUGUGUUGAUCUUGCUGCUCCCGAGACAGCCACAACUGCCGCAUUAAAGGUUGGUGAAAUGUUUCCAGGCGGGAUUGACAUUAUGGUUAACAAUGCCGGUUUUGCGUAUCAUCAUGACGCCCAGGAGCCAUUCUAUCAGCAAGCUAUGGAUUCGAUCAAGAUAAACUAUUACGGAACCGUUGCUGUAUGUGAGGCCAUGCUUCCCCACAUAAAGAGCGGGGGGAGGCUGAUUAAUGUAUCCUCCAUGUCUGGAAGUUUACUGCGUCUUUCAAACGAGAACUUGGUUGCCAGAUGGAGGGGGUGCGUUUCAAAACAAGACAUCGAAGUUUUGUUGCAAGAGUUUGUCGAUCUCACCAAGACGGAUGGAAAACAUCUGGCCGCUGGAUGGCCCAAUUCAGCAUACGGCGUAAGCAAGCUUGCCGUGACAACAUAUACGCGUAUACUUGGUCGCUCAACACCGGGGAUACACAUUUUUUCAUGUUGUCCUGGUAGUUGCCGAACUAACAUGUCAACGUUCACUGGUGAGAAAACCGCCGAGGAAGGAGCUGACACACCAGUUUGGCUUGCUGUUUCCCAAGAGGCACUACAAACGGUUCCACAGGGCGCUUUUGCAACAGAACGUCACUACAUACGUGAAUAA